UAUGCCCCUAAUGUCGUCGUGCAAACUAACCGCUCUAGAAGGAAAAAAGAGUAACUCUAAAAAUAUAAAGUUGCUCAGCCCAUAUCACAGAAAUGUCUUCGGUCAAAUGGAUCGCAUUCGUCAUUCUAAUCUCUGCACGUGCUUGGCGGCUCUGGAAGCAGUGCCGAACUUGGAGGACGAAAAUUUUCACGGCCACACGGCGGACACGUACGACUGGACCCGUGUCGGCGAGUUUGCAGGGACGACGAAGAAGCCCGAGAAUGUCGCUACGUUCUCGUCGUCGAGAUGUACAGCACGAUGAGCAAGGCCCGCUACAACUGCCCGUUCAAUGUCUUCCGGCUGACGGUGCUCAGAAAUCCGUCUCCGUUGCGAAUCGACAACUGCCCGGCCCCAGCAUCGAGGACUGCAGAAACGACAGGAUAGUCGUCAACGCGAGAAACGCCAUGAUAUAGCCGAGAGCACAGCCAUCCACGGGUACGUCCUACAUGGACGGAGUGCCUUUCGUCACGCAGUGCCCGAUACGCUUUUGAAGCUUCCAGCAGCGGCUCCUACUUCUGGCAUUCGCAUAUCGGCUCUCAGCGAGACGACGGGCUCUUCGGACCUUUGAUCGUUCAAGGGGAUUUACGACCGGGACGACCAGGUGAUGCGACUGAUUAAGGACUGGACCGAUCUGGAGAGCAACGCCGGCUUCCUCAAGGACUAUCACGCGGGCUCGCCCAGUCCGGCGAACACGAUACUCGUCAAUGGGCUUUGACGUUUCCACGAAGUCGAAGAGGAGAACGGAACGAGGAGCUACACGCCGAUGACGGUUUUUAACGUGAAGAAGGCUCUGAGGUAUAGGUUCAGGCUGAUCAGCGCUGGGGCCACCGACUGCCCCAUUCAGGUGACGAUCGACAACCACACGAUGCUGAUUAUCAGCAUGGAUGGCAACGAUACAGAGCCUGUUGAAGAGGAUCGACUUCGUGCUGAAAGCAAACCAGAAAAUUGACAACUACUGGAUCAGGUACCGUGGGUUGGGUUCCUGCAGGACGAGAAACUCGACAACCAGAGUGCACCAAGUGUCUAUUCUUCGUUACGAGUCUGCCGAACUCGGCGAUCCGAAAGCUCCAGUUGGCUACGACAUUCCCGAGACACCAGCGGAUGCUCGGAUUUUAAAUCCGCACAAUAAAGGAACAGAAGAUCCAAUGGCUGUCAGUAUACCACUUCUCAGGUCGAUAGCUAAAAAUGACGAAACUAGUCUGCGAAAACCGGAUCAUCAAUUUUACAUAGCUUACGACUUUUAUGUCAUCGACAAUUACGACUUCCACCGCCGACAUCUUUACGGCUUCGAUCAAGCUACUGCUAAUUUUUUUAAAAUCGCCUAUGUUAAUUGUACUGAUAUAUAACGAGACUCGUUUUAGCCCUGGACAAAU